UUUGAUUUAAUUUUUGUGUGAUUAUCAUCUAGUUAUUUUUUUCCUCAUAAAAUCAAUCAUUAUCGACAUUAUGUCAUCUAUGGAUGUAUCCAAAUCAGAUAUCGAUUUUGAUUCAUAUUGGGAUGAAGAGGCCCGUAAUCCGAAUCGUAAUCGUAUUCGUAUUGGCCGCCAAUAUCAGGCACAAUGUCCAUUACUUUUAAAAUCAGGCGAAAAUGAUGGUCGUAAACUUGAAGAAUUGGAAACAUUAACAUGGAAUCCACAUAAUCAACUUGAUAAUAAACAAUUAAAUCAAUAUUUUGCCAUUGCCAAAUCGAUUGGUUUAUUUAUACAGGCAAUCGAUACAUGUCAAAAGGGCAUUGAUGAAAAUGAAUGUUUAUUAGAGGAGAAAUGUUCAUUACGUCCAUUUGAAAUAUUAGACAAUGGAACGAAAUGUGUAUUGGAACCAAAUAAACCACCUGAACGUAAUGCUGCUGCUGCUGCUACUGUCAACAUAAACAGCAGUAGUAGCAAUACAACGACGAGUUUAACCAGUCAAAGUUCUAUUAAUAAUAAUUCCAUAACAUCCGGUAGUGGUGGUCAUCAUCAUCAUAUUCCAAUGACAAUUACGACAAAUAAUGUGAUAACAUCAACUGCAUCAUCAUCAUCAACAACAUUAACAAGUCCAGAAAAACAAAGUGUUACAACGAGACAACGAUUACAGAAAGAAGUUCAACAAUUACAGCAACAAUUGAAGAAUGAAAUAAAUGAAUCUGAUUCGACGACGACGAUAACAUCAACAACAUUAUCAUUACCAUCUUUAAGUUGCUCUAGUUUACAAUCAUCAUCAUCAUCAUUGAAUACGAGGAUACAAAAAAUUGCUAAGGGUUUGCCUGCUUUCAUUUUAUCUCAUCAUCAAAAUGGCGUGGCUGCUGGUACAUGCAAGUUGUCAUCCACAUUGAAUACAUUAAAUCCUAACGGUACUACGACUGCUGCUGCUGCUACGGAACAACCGACAACAGCCAUCAAUUUAGGCUCGACUGAACGUUAUACAACAAAAACAUUGGCUAAAUUAUUAUUAGGCCGUUGGAAUGAUCUCGAAGCAAAAGUUUUUAAUCAAGCUAUAAAAGAAUGUGGUAAAAAUUUCAGUGCAAUCAAAAAAGAUUAUCUACCAUGGAAAUCGGUACGAUCAAUAAUUGAAUUUUAUUAUCUAUCAUUGGAUAAACAACGACAACAACUGAAACGUAAUAAUAAUCGUCAACAUAGUCAUCAUAAUCAUAGUAAAAUGAAUCGUGAUCAUCCAUCUGAUAAUAAUGGUAGAGAUAGGGAUAAUAAUAAUUCGAAUAAUAAUAAUAACAGUAACAACAACAACAGCAACACAACCGGAAAACAAUCAUCACCGGAAAAGAAAACAACACAACGUCAUCAGAAAAGUCAUCAUCAUCAACAACAGCGUAUUAAUCAUAAGCUAGAAAAACAAUCGGAUAAUGAUGAAGAUUUUAAUAAUGGUGAUGAUAUGAAUUCCGAAUCGGUAAUUAAUGAAGAAGAUAAAAUUAAUAUUGGUGGCAGUAGUGAUAACGAUGAUCUAGAAGAACAAACGUUACGUGAAGAGCUUUUAUCAUUAGCCAAAGGUGUAUUGGCAAAAAAUGUACAAAGCAAUGAAAGUGGUGGUAGUGGUGGUUCGGGUGACAUUACGAUUGAUACAAAUCUUAUGGAUUGUCCAUUCACACCAUCAUCGCCAUUACUCAAUAAUAAAUUGAUUAAUAAUAAUUUAUUGGGCGGAAAUUGUAACAAUAAUCUCAUAAAUGGUAGUAUUGGUGGUUCAUUUUUAUCUUCACCUGAAAGUCAUAUUAUUACUGGUCAGGAAAUUCGUCCAAUCAAAGCUAAACCAUUGUUUAAUACAAAUGAAUCAUUAUUAAAUGAGAAUGGCUUAUUGGAUAAUAAUAAUAAUGAUAAUGGUAAUGAUAAAAAGAAUCUUGGUUCAUUGAAUCUGUAUCUACGUGGGGAAUUGGUUGUACGAUUAAAUGCUAAACAACAGGAAUCUGGUCAAAAAUGGGUUGAAUCAAUGGCUGUAUCACCAUCACGACGUAAACAUGGAAUAUUGGGCAAUGAUUUUCGAUUGCAAAGCGGUAAUAGUGGUCAUUCUAAUCGUAUCAGUUUAAAACGUUCAUAUCGUGAAGAUCAGGAUGAUCAUUCAUCAAUAGGCGGUGGUGAUAUAACCGGUAGUGAUGAUGAUGAUUCAAUAACAUCGAAUGAAAGUUCAAGUUUAGUUGCAUCGUCACCAUCAUCAUCAUCGACAACAACAUUGGGAUCGAAUUCAAAUUCAACUAAUACAACAACAACAACAACGACGACGACCAAUAAAAAAGCACGUGUAAAAUUGGAUAAUAAUCCAGCAGCAGCAACAUCAACAACGGCCAGAUUGAUUUCAUCGUCGCCAUCACCAAAUUCAUUAUCAUCAACAUCAUCAUCAAAUAUUGGGCGUAAUAAAAGUAAUGAUCAUCAUCAGAAUGGUUCAUCAAAACAAUCAUCAUCAACAACUGCUGUUUCGAAUCAACAAAAUGAUUUAAUGACUGAAUUAGAUAUUAAGAAAAAGUUAUUUGAAUAUUAUCAGCUAACCGGUAUGAAUAAUGAUGAUAUGCAAAUGUUAUUAGCUGCAUCGAUGAUGUUUCAACAACAACAACAACAGCAACAAGUUGAACCACCAAAAGCACAUUCAAAUUUCAACAACAAUAAUAACUCUUCUCCAUCACCAACAACAACAGCAUUGAAUAAUAAUAAUUUGGAAUAUUAUUCACCGAUAAAAAAUAAAUCAAUAACAAAUGGUAGUAGCAUGAAUGGAUUAUUAAAUAAUGGUCCAGUUGAUCUGACACCUGUAUCAUUAGCAAUGGCAUUAGCUGCUGCUGCUGCCAAUAAUACUGGUAGUAGUAGUGGAACAAUCAAUCCAUUUUCAUUACCAGCACCACCCCCACUUCCAUCUCUACGUCAACCAUCAUCAUCCACUUCCACAUCUUCAUCACCUUUGAAAUCAUCAUCAUCGAUAAAUCGAACGAAAAUUCGUAAUUCUACUACCGUCACCAACAACGCCACCACCAUUGAUUCUAACCAAAAUGGUCCAAUUCAUCAGAUGGCCAAAUAA